UUCGAAUCUUUAUAUGCUUCUUUUAUCUUAGAAAGUAACAUUUCCCUUGAGAAUUGCAAUUAAAUAUUGAAUAAAGAAUAUAUUUAUUGGUAUGUUCUUUACUGUUCAAAUCGAUCAAGGUAGCCAACAUUACAGUGGAAAUCUGAUUGCACAACGACGGUCAAUUUGUAAACCAAUCACUUGCGAAGAAGUGCUUUAUUCUAUAAAUUUUGUAAUGAUAUAACAAAAAAUUUAUAUUGUUAUUAUUGAAUAAUCGUCGUAACUCAUUUCCCUUAAAAAAUUCUAUUUUAAUAGUUUAAGAAAAGAUGGAUGAGUGGAUAUAUAAGAAUCUAUCAGAAUUAUUAAAUUUUCCUGUUACAGAAGAGUUGAUACAAUGUAUCAUGAAGAUGCAAAAUGAAAGGGAUUUGGAUGAGUACUUGAAGUCUUUACUAGAUUGUAAAAAUCCUAAACACAAGCAAUUCAUCACAGAUUUGAAGAAACAACAAGCAUCCUACAAAGAUCAAGGGUAUAAAAAAUCAACUAAUGUAGAUAAUGAAAGUACGAAGCAAAAUGGAAAGAAGAAAGGCAAAAUGAAAUCAAAAGAGAAACGAGAGAAUAAGCAGUUUCAAGAAAAUAUAAAGGUGGAAAAAGUAGAAAAGAAGAAAGUUAAAUAUGUUAAUUUAUAUUCACAAGAUGGCAAAGAUAGGUCAACGGUUUUGUUAAAAGGCAGACAUAAAUGCAACUGUGAAGCGAAAAAACAUUCAUUGAUCAAUAAUUGCCUUAAUUGUGGUAGAGUAGUUUGUAUACAAGAAGGAGCUGGUCCAUGUUUCUUUUGUGGAGAACUUGUAUGUUCUCCAAAAGAACAGAUGAUCCUUUCAAGUACUACCAAACAAGCAGAUCAGUUGUAUAAUAAGUUAAUAAAUCAGAAACCUGUGAAAGGAUUAGAAGAUUCCAUUAAACAAAGAGAUAAACUUCUCGAAUAUGAUCGUGUUGGUACACAGGGUACAAAGGUAAUUGAUGAUGAAUGUGACUAUUUUCAAACAAGUAACAUUUGGCUGUCAGCUCAGAAAAGAGAACAACUACAAAAAUUAGAAGAAGAAAUAAAUGCAAGGAAACACAUGUCUCGCUUAAAUAGAAAAGUCAAUGUAACAAUAGAUUUCACAGGUAGAGAAGUAAUUGAAGAAAAGCCUACUGAAGAUUAUGAUGAGUUUGAUGAUGAACAGCUUGUAGACAUUUCUGAAGCAGUGUCCAUGCAUGAAUUUGAGGGUUCUAAUAUAUGUCCGGACAUAGAAUUUAAUCGACCAAUUUAUAUGGAAUCAAGUGAAUCUGAACCACGUGUUACAAGAACUAAUAUUUCAACCAAAGUCAAGAACAUUAUUCAAGACAAAGAAUAUUUAGAGAUGUCUGAUUCAGGAGUAUGUUUGAGCAUGCAUCAGCCUUAUGCAUCUCUAUUGGUAGCUGGAAUAAAAAUGCAUGAAGGGCGAACAUGGUACAGCUCGCACAGAGGGAGAUUGUGGAUUGCUGCAACAUCUAAACCACCAACUAAGGAAGACAUUUCAAGUGUAGAACAAUUUUAUCGAAUUUUGAAAGAUGAUAAAAUUCGUUUUCCUGAAUGUUAUUCAACUAGUUGUUUACUAGGCUGUGUAACAGUUACUGAUGUUUUGCCUCAAGAAGAAUAUAGAAAAAUUUAUCCAGAUGGUGAAAGUGAUAGUCCGUACGUUUUUGUGUGCGAGAAUUUUUAUUCAUUACCAAUUAAAUUUCCAAUACAAGGAAAACAUAAGAUUUACAAGUUGGAUCCAAAAAUACAUCAAGCAGCUGUUACAAUGUUGGAAAAAGUUACAAAACGUACAAGCGAAUAAUGAAGUAUUUAUUUAAAUAAUAAUGAAUGAUUUUGUUGCAUUAAAUAUUUCUUUUGUAACAUACAAUAUCUUCUUACAUGUAAGUACUGAAUAUGUAUUCUAAUGUUAAUUGUAGCAUUGAGGUUUCAUAUUUUGAAUAAUGACAAAAUUUAAUUUAUGUUUCAAAAUAAUUAAAAAUACAUUUUUCUCGCAAUGUAUAAUAAAUGUUAUUUAUUAUUUGUACACAAUAUAAUAUAUAUAAUACAAUGUACACAUAGUUUGCAAUAUAUUACAGCAACCAUUAUAAGAUUUAUAUUUAUAUUACACUAAUCGCUUAUUUUUUUCUGUGCGAUCAAUGAAAAAAUAUUAGCAGUUUUUUUCUAUUAUAUUUAAAAUAUCAGACUUCUGUAAUAUUAAAAGUAGAUCUCAGUAAAGUCAUUCUAUGACAAAAGUCUAUAAAUCUGAAGUACAAAGGGAACAUGUUUAUUUGAAAUGUGGCGUUAAAAAUUUUAUUGUUCUUUUAAAUUUCGUGUACUAUAUAGUUGUACGUGUUUUAAGAACAUAUUAUAAACUACCCUUAAUAGCAAAGUCUGAGGACUGAAAACAAAAUUUGUACUUUUAAACUAAUAAAAAGAAUUGCAUGUAAAAUCCUUGCAUGCAAUUAGAAAACAAUUGUUUGUAAUUAAUCAAUCAAAACACGAAUACGUAAUUACGUAUGCACUGG